GGGAUUGGGCUGCACAUCAAAAGUUUUAAGUAAUAAAUGCAAAACUAAUUUUCAUUUUUGUCUUGGGGAACUGUAUGGAGCCUUCCUUGCUUGGGCUGUUGGAAAAAUAUGUGAUAUAGUCAACACAUUAGUACUGCAACACUGCUGCUGUGAAGAGGAGGCAGAAGUGAUUACUUGUUAAGACACCUUCCCCUUCCACUUCUUUGUCUUUCACCACUUUCCUCCCAGCCAGCUGAGAGUUAAUACGCACAGAGGAAUUGAGAAAGAAAUGCUGGCUGUUACUCAUUUGCACAUGCUGUAUUGCCUAUUAACUAAAUGUAAACGUUGAAGUUAAAAACCAAGCAAAAAAAGUAGGACAGGGGAGAAGGAAAUUAAAACAGGGAUUGGCAUUUCUUUGGCAGUAGUGAAGGUUAUUGUAUAUGCAUGCUUAUUCAACCUUUUCGCUUCAUAAACUCAGAGCAGGACUGCAGCCUCACAACAACCCUGUGAGCAUGUCGGUUUUCCGCUCAGGCCUGCUGGUUCUGACAUCGCCACUGUCGGCACUUUCCUUGCGUCUGGUACCCAUUCUCGCCUCAGCUGCCCGGCUGGUACAAGACACGCUCUAUAUUCACCUGCAGCCAGGGCUCAGCUUGACCGGCUCCACACAGCCCCAUUCCACAUAUGUCCCUGCUACAUCUGAGGUGUACACCCUUAUCAGCAAGUUAUAUGCCAACGCCGACAUCCAUCGCCACCUCAAUGUCCGGGUGCUGCUCACCAACAUCCUCAACCAGGGAGCUGCUCCUCCGGCACUUGGAUCCGUGCAGAACCUCUCCCAACCUCCUGAAGUGGUGCUUACUGACUUUGAAACCAGAGAUGGAGGGCAAUCCAACCCAGUCAAGCAGCGGCUGGAGCGUUACGCUACCAGCUGCUACAGCUGUCGCCCCAAUCUCAUCUCUGUUUUGUUGUACCCUGAGUAUGAGCUAGAAGUCAGCGAUGAGGAGCUGUCCGCACAGCAUGAGACCAACGCAACUGAGGAGCCACUGCAGAGCUACAGUGAUGUCGUCGUAGGGGGCACUUUCGAUAGACUUCACAACGGUCAUAAGAUCCUUCUGAGCGUGAGCUGCAUGUUGGCAGAAAAUCGGCUUGUGGUGGGCGUCUCGGACAGAGAUCUCCUGGAAAACAAGAUGCUGAAAGAGCUGAUCUUGCCCUUUGAGCAGCGUGUGGCUCAGCUCAGUGAAUUCUUGGUGGACAUCAAGCCCUCCUUGCGGUAUGAAAUCUCCCCCCUGUUUGACUACUUUGGCCCGUCCAUCACUGACGGCAAACUGAAGUGCAUCAUAGUCAGCGAAGAGACCCUCAAGGGUGGCCUUGCCGUCAACAGGAGGAGGGUGGAAAAUGGUCUCCCUGAGCUGGCUGUCCACAUCAUCAAACUGGCUCUUGACCCCCUGCAUGGCAGGAAUGAGGAAGAGAAGAUCAGCUCUUCUAGCCUGCGGUACAGGCUGCUUGGGACUCUGUUACACCCCCCACAUAAAGAUCCAGGUGUCCCUUGCCACCCCUAUGUUAUUGGGCUGACAGGCGGGUCCGGUAGUGGCAAGAGUUCCAUUGCACAACAUCUGGUUCGCCUCGGUGCUUUCCAUUUGGAUAUGGACAGUCUUGGACACAACAUCUACCAUCCAGGAGGACCUGUGUAUGCACAGGUGGUAGAAGCAUUUGGAACAGAUAUUUUGAAAGAAGAUGGAACCAUCAACAGACAAAUCCUGGGGGCCAAAGUGUUUAGAGACCAGGAGCAGUUGACGCGGCUCAACAAUAUCAUGUGGCCAGUGAUGGCUCGAAUAGCGAAAGAAAAGAUAGAUGAGGCAGCUGCACAGGGAAAUGCUGUGUGUGUGCUGGACGCAGCCAUGCUGUUGGAGGCAGGCUGGGCAGACUUGGUGCACGAGGUCUGGACGGUUAUCAUCCCAGAAGAUGAGGCCCUAAGACGCAUCAUAGCCAGAGACAGGCUCAGUGAGGAAUCUGCCAGGUUGCGUCUGCAAAGCCAAAUGUCCAACAGCCAGCGCGUGAAACAGUCACACGUGGUUCUCUCCACAUUGUGGGAGCCAGCAGUUACCUGUGAGCUGGUAGAAAAGGCUUGGGCCCUGCUCCAGAAACGCCUCAAAGAGGAGUAGAGCUUUGAACUGAGAUGGAAUCACUUCUUCACUCUGCUCCUUCGGUGCUGCCGGUCUGGAAAAGUCUACGGCAGGUGGGCCCCACCCCGACGAGGGGCCACAGAUGAGGGUGGAGGUGGGGGGAAAGGGGAGUUCAAAAUGCUUGACGGUGAGAGGACAGAGCUGACCUCCCUCUGCUUCCCCCCCGGUUGCAAAAAGGCUGAGGGAGAGGCAUGAACAAGUGAGGGGUGAGGGGGUGCCUGAUGGAGUAAGAAGGAGCAGCUUUUAGCAUCCAAAGCCAUUGAUGGGUUUCAUGAUUCUGAUGGAGACCAACCUUUCAGCAGCACGACUGACCAACGACGACACUCAGAGGUCACAGGGGUGGGGAGGGGCUGCUCUGCUUUAGCCCACCACUGCUCUGUUCUGUGUGCCCUGUGCAUAAGCUACACAUAAAGACGACAUCUCUCGACA